GUCACAGUCAGGAACAGGGAAGACAGCGACCUUUUCCAUCUCUGUUCUGCAGUGCCUGGAUAUACAGGUUCGUGAGACCCAGGCAUUGAUCUUGGCACCGACUCGGGAGCUGGCUGUACAGAUUCAGAAGGGUCUUCUUGCUCUGGGAGACUACAUGAAUGUCCAGUGUCACGCCUGCAUUGGAGGCACCAACGUGGGCGAAGACAUCCGAAAGCUGGAUUACGGGCAGCAUGUUGUUGCCGGCACUCCGGGCCGUGUGUUUGAUAUGAUUCGUCGUCGAAGUUUAAGGACUCGUGCCAUCAAAAUGCUGGUUUUGGAUGAAGCAGAUGAAAUGCUCAAUAAAGGCUUCAAGGAGCAGAUUUACGACGUGUACAGGUACUUGCCUCCAGCUACCCAGGUGGUUCUGAUCAGCGCCACUUUGCCUCAUGAAAUUCUGGAGAUGACCAACAAAUUCAUGACGGAUCCCAUCCGCAUCUUGGUCAAACGUGAUGAGCUGACCCUCGAAGGAAUCAAGCAGUUUUUUGUGGCUGUGGAGAGGGAAGAAUGGAAGUUCGACACCUUGUGCGAUCUCUACGACACGCUCACCAUCACCCAGGCUGUCAUCUUCUGUAACACCAAGAGAAAGGUGGACUGGCUGACGGAGAAGAUGAGGGAGGCCAACUUCACCGUUUCGUCCAUGCACGGGGACAUGCCGCAGAAGGAGAGGGAGUCCAUUAUGAAAGAGUUCAGAUCUGGCGCAAGCCGCGUCCUUAUUUCAACGGAUGUUUGGGCCAGAGGCCUGGACGUGCCACAGGUGUCCCUGAUCAUUAACUAUGACUUGCCCAACAACAGAGAGCUCUACAUACACAGAAUCGGCCGGUCAGGCAGAUACGGCCGGAAAGGCGUGGCCAUCAACUUUGUGAAGAACGACGACAUCCGCAUCCUGCGGGACAUCGAGCAGUACUACUCCACCCAGAUCGACGAGAUGCCCAUGAACGUCGCUGAUCUCAUCUGA